AUGACAUCUCCUCGCUUUGAUUUCCUCCAAGUGGGGAGGGCGUUCGUUGAUUUGAAUCGCGUCCCUGCCCUACCAGCCAUUCUCGCCAUCUUUUUGGGAGGCAGCAACUUAUAUUCCGCCAAAGGCAACCCCGAGAAUCAUCAUGCCGACUGGGAUGGCGUCAUUGUUGUUCGCACCAAACUCGAUAUCUUCACUCUGGUGAACCAGAGACGCCGGGAUCUGUUAGCGCUCUUGGGCAUCGCAACGGAAGAGAUGCCAGAAUUCAGCGUGCCCGAACCGUCUUCCCCUCUCUGGGAUGAGUUUGACGCUCUCAGAAUUGCCGGCUUUACCGAGACACACUCCAAACGGUCUGUUAAGGUACUCAGCCUCGAGUACUUUUGGGGCCCAAAGUCUACACUCAACAUCCUAUCCUACAAAGACAAGAGGGUAUACCCGGCAGACGAUCUUGGUACUGCGAAGAUUUCUCGCGUACAACAAGCAACUCGACUUCCUUCCGGACUGCUGGUCCUUCACGAUCAACUGGUUUACCAAUCGCCUCCUACGGCUUGUGUUCAUGGACACAAGAGUUCCUCUGCCUCGUUCGGUGUCACUGCCGACCUUAUCGUUUCAGGAACUUGCCUUUUCGGCAACCUUUCCUACGGCCGACAAAUCAAGAGCCGGAUACUGUCAUCUUACUCGGCAGCCACCCAAAGGCACGCAACAAUACAGUCCUUCGCCAGGCACACGCGAUUCUCGACUGACUUCAUAGACUGGCUGUCGAAGGAGCUCUCCGAUUUGAACCGACUCGACCCUCUCACCCUUCCGCGACCCAGUUGCGUUUGCCCUUGCUUUCCCAAAAACGCGAGUUUCCUCUAUGGCACGACGAAUACCACACACGAAUUGGUUGUUCAGGACUUCUCCGAGAGAGCGAAACGGGUGCCUCUGGUCGUUUUCCAUCUUGUUCAGCAAGGGCUGUUUCAGUCACAUCAACGGCCACAUUCUGUCUUCUCCUCCAACUCCUCCACCUACGAGGUGCUGGUCCCCGCGGUCGAAGGAGAUGAGACGAAACUUUUCGCCAAGCAAUCACGACACCAACUCCAGGAAAUCUCGGGAGCAACAACCGCGGCCAUUUACUAUCCCCGAAUUCAUAUCCCUCGGCUCACAUCUUCUGGUAAUCUUCUGUACCCGUUCUUCGACGGCAUCACGGAAGCAGAGCUUAGAAUGUCUUUCAUUCACGGCGGUCGCAGCCACUGGCCUUCACUCGAACUGCUACUCUACACAGAGAUGGUGAAAGCAGAAGACACACUACGCGCAUACCGGACCUGCCUAGGUGGAAUGGAAGGAAAGAAGCAGACGGUACCUCCUAACGAGGGAAUCCAGCGCUUCUUAAGAUCGCGAGUGGCCGACGACGCGAGGUUUACCGAGUUCUACCGCGACGGAUUUUACAUUUCCGGGAAAUCUAUCCCCAUGGAAAAAUUCCUCGCUCUACCUUGGAAGGUCAAUGGCGCUGUCUAUCCAUCACUGCGCACGCUUUUCCGCAAUGCCCUCGAGGUACUCCAUCCACAGUCGACUCAGAUGCAGACUUGCCCUAUCGCAUUCGGGCUCGGGGAUGCCCACGGAGCGAACGUCAUGAUCUCGCCGAGUUCUUCACCAGACAACAGCCGUGAGAUUAUCUAUCUCGACCACGAAGUGGCAGGCUUCCACGCCAUCCUGCUUGAUCUUGCCAAGCCCUUCUACAACGAUAUCUUCUUCGAGACGCUAUACGCGGAUAUUCUUCCAGCUACAGAGGACAUCGCGUAUGAGAUCGACGAAAAGUCAAUCAAUGUGAGGUUCACACCUCGGGUUGAUGAUGUCACCCAAGCUAUCUUUGAGAUCAAGACUCGGUAUCUCCUACAACCGCUUUGCGAAUUCGUCCUAGAGUUAGAAUUCCUCGACGUGGCCCCCUUUUCACGUCUCGAACAGGCAUUCGAGCCGGAAUCUGAAGAAUCCUGCCAGGCAUCUGUUGCCUCGGUUAUCCCCAACCUAUGGCGCCAAUGGCAGCGCCCGGCAGAGCAGACCCAUUCAGUACGGCUGAACGCGGGUUUGGCCAAUCCAGCCAGGAGGGUCAGGCCGAGCCACGACAACGGCCGCUUCAAAAACUGCGACAAAAGUAUGGCUCUCGAAAGGACCAUGCUGGCAAUGGGUUUAGAGAACCCUGAUGCCGGUGUUGACAAGGCGCCGCCCCCGGCGCGCCGACGAUGCCUUCGAUCGCGCGAGGGCCAUACGGUCCAGCUAGUCGAGGCCGAUACCCUGAAGAUCACGGGCGAUCACAAAAACUUCAACUUUGGAAUACAACCCUGGCAGAACAGUCACAAUUCGAUGACGCCACGGCUUUUGGGUUACGGAUGCCCACGUUGA